CUCAUUGGUGCUCUAUCAGCAGAAGAUUAACAGCACUAAGGCGGCAGACGCGGACGUUAAAGCGUCGAACACGAUUGCGCAGCAGAAGCUGGCCGCGCAGCGCACUGCGAAAGCGGCGCUUAAUACCAAGGUGGCGCUCCGCUCGAGCCAGGAGAAAACGGUCGGGGCGCUGACGACGCGGUUCAACGCGAUGAAGGGGAAUGCGGAUGCCGCGGAGAGCGAUGCGGUGAAGAAGGGAGUGAAACUGGACUAGUAAACUUGACCCUUCAUGCCUCCGGGCUUGUGCUUGUGUUGUGAAUGGUGACGUUGGCGAAAGGUUGGUUGUUUCCAGUGGGGGCAGCUGAGUCCCGGAGGAGCAAUUUCCAGUCCGCCCACCAACGGAUGGGCUAAUAAAGAAAGCUCCUGGGUUUUCCCGGUGUACUUUCCAUGUAGGACUCAAAGCUGCCAGCGGAUUUCGUGAUUCAUGAGUCGAUGUUUGUGGUCUACUUAUUUCUCCAACCAUCUUGUUCCCCCCUCCCUCGGACGUUGAUAACUCAGAUGCGAGAAAUUGUUUCAUUCUUGUACUCCAUUUCCUUGCACCGACAAUCUU